GGCUGGCGUGGGCAGUUUGUUCCUUUGAGCGGAUGUGUUAACGAGUGUGGGUUCAUUUCUCCUCGUCAGGACGUUGAUCAGCCCGGAAAGAAACUAUCACUAACAAUCAUGAUCCUGAAAAUUAUUGUGUGUGUCGCGUGUGUUCAGGCGGUGGCAGUGGGCGUAGUGAGUGGCAAGAGUCUGUUGCUGCAGCCACGCCACCCACUCCCUUUUACCGCUGACCAAGCACCACUGAUAGCCAGAAUUGGACCACACGAUGCCAGACACCCUGAUAGCCUCCACCACCAUGCCGGCCACGUCUCAAGCUCCUUCAGCGGCAGGCACGGCGGAAAGGGAUCAGUGGACGGGUGUCCCCUGUGUCCCGCCUCUCAUGAGAUCUCCCCCUGCGCGUGCCGUUGUCUGAAUGACACCGCCGCCACGAUCGAGUGUGGACCCGAGCUUGCGUCAUGCUCGCAGCUCACCGAAGUGAUGAGCCUCAACUCCUACCCCGUCAACACCUACCUCAGGUUGGUGGUGGCCGACACGAACCUGGCCUGCAAGCUGGAGAAGGCUCUGUGGGGCCGGCUGGUGUUUCAGGAGAUCGAGAUAAUCAACAAUAUGUUCCAGGCACUCGACAAUCGUGCCUUCCAGCCCUUCAGCGCCACGCUAACCACGCUCAACCUGGGAGGGAACACCCUACAGGAUGUUUACUUCUCCACUCUGAGCGACACGCCGCUGCUAAGAUUCCUGACGCUGAGCUACAACAAAGUGGACUUCUUGCCGGGAUACUCCGCCAUGACCUUGCCGCUGCUGGAGACCUUCGACGCCUCCUACAACAAGAUUAGGAAGAUUAUCGCCGAAACCUUCGCCGGAAUGCCUAGGCUGCAGAAGAUAGAUAUGAGCAACAACGCCAUCACCAAGGUGUACGCCAGAGCCUUUGCUUUCCCCCAGCACGACGCCAGCAGUCUCGUCGUUAACCUUUCUAACAACGCCAUCUCCUCCAUUGAGCCUGGGGUGCUGGAAGGCGUGCGUGUGUGCACUCUUGAUCUGCGGAAUAAUCAUCUUAUAAAUCUCCCUGAGGCAGUGUAUCGGCCCAUCAUCGACUUCACAGCAGCCUCGGCCAUCUUCUGGACUAAUAACAAUCCCUUCGACUGUGACUCCCACUUCUGCUGGAUCGCCACCAACCAGACAGUGAGCGGGACCUUCAACACCGUGCUCUGUCCCAACCUGGGCAACUACCCCGUGGAGGUGAUCACCCCCAUGUGCAGCAUCCUGCCCAACACCACCACGCCCCGGUACUCCAGGAGCCGCGGCCAUCCCGCUCACCCUGCACCCUUCAGAAAGAGCCAAGUUUCCACUGCAGUUCGGAAUCUUCGCCGUCCAUUUCUCCGGCGUCCGUAGUUUUCCUCACUAAGGCGACACUGUUGCUUCUUAUAAAGGUCUUCCUUUAAUUUUGUGCAUGCGUGUAGUUAGUAGAAUAAAGAGAGAGAGAGAGAGAGAGAGAGAGAGAGAGAGAGAGAGAGAGAGAGAGAGAGAGAGAGAGAGAGAGAGAGAAAGAGAGAGAGAGAGAGACUAGGGAUGCCUGGCUUGUAUUGCCGGGGGUGCUGAGUUGGUCGGGCCGUCCUGACGGUCUGAGAAGUUACAGCGGGAUGAAAAAUAAUGAACCAAGGAGUAGAUUUUUGGUGUGCCUAUCUGUGUAUUUAUGUACCAUUAGGCUGGCAUCUCCCUUAACUCCUUCAGCACCACGGCAUCAGUUUAACUUUAUUAUAAAUAUUAACAGAAUCCCUGAAGCUCACGAUGAUGGUAUGUUUUAAUGAUUAAGAGAUUAAAAUAUAUAAUCUCUAGUUUAUAUCCUUGUUUCUUCUUUCUAACAACUAGUGAUAGCGUAAGUCUGUAAGUGGUGUGUAGCAGCGUAUGAGAUGUGGUGGAGUAGCCGAGAGAGGAUGCCUGCGUGCGUAUACACUGAAUCUGCAUUCCUACUAAUCUUAGCCUGUGUUGUAUGUCAUAUUAAAUUCGUUCCGUGCAUUACCACGCUGCGCCAGAAUCAGCUGCGCAGCACUCUGGCGCAGUCAUGAUACUGUAUCCUUGACAGUGAUGAUCUUGUAUUUGUGGCUGAUGUCUUUUAUUUUUAUUUUCUUUCUUUCUUUCUUUCUUUUAUCAUUGUUUUAGAGAGAGAGAGAGAGAGAGAGAGAGAGAGAGAGAGAGAGAGAGAGAGAGAGAGAGAGAGAGAGAGAGAGAGAGAGAGAGAGAAGUAUUUCAAAUGCAGAUGCCUAUGAGUUAAAUUUUAGGCAGAAAGGAAACUUGAUUACCAUAUUUUUUUCAACAGUUGUGCUGGGCAAAGUCAGUCAUAUAUCGCUCAGGGAAAUAUCUGAGCGUGAGAUGUAAGCAGAUUAAUGUGCGCAGCUGGCUUGAAUAUCUGUUGGUAUUAUCGUGUCUCCGCUUCCCUUUCCUCUUAGCAUACACAACUCUCCUCCACCAUGCUGAGGUGCCGGUCCAUCCCUCUUGCAUGUCGCUAAUAUACGAGCAAUGUAAGAUGUAAUUAUCAUGGCAUCAACAACUUCUUUCUAUACUGUUUUGUAAACGUUUCAAGUUGUAUUGUAGUGAGCAGCAGCUAUCAAGUCUCCCUAAUGUAAUUUACCAGUCCUGAUCUGGCUUUUUUGCCAGCAGCUGGGUGACAGCGAGGCCUGGCGUGCACAAUUAUAUGGCAACUACCGACAUAUGGAAUUC